CAUAUCUCUACCGUGCAUCAUCAAAAAUCUAAAAUCAAAGCCCAAAUCUCUUGUUUCUUUCUUUCUCCAUAUGGGUUUCGACUCCUCUCCAUACUGCUCUUAAUUAAAUAGGAAAUUGGUAAGUUGUUAUGGAUCCUUUCUUUCUCUUUUUUUUUUUUCCUUUUUGACUCUUCCUAUGGAUCUUGAUUCUAUCUCUCAUCUUCUAUUUUUGAAAGUUCAUACAUAGACACACCAUCAGACCAUCUGCUCUCUUCAUCACUGUAAUCCUUCUUUCGUUGGCAAGGUGUCACUGCAGGUAAAAUCCCUAAUUCUUUCUUUAUUUUUUCUCCCCAUGCAUUGUACUAUAGUUUGAAAGUAAAGCAAUGUUUUGAUUUCUUCUUGAAAUUGAACUUAGAAGAUAGUGUUUCCUUUCCCUCUGCUUCAACCAUUCAUUGCUAGCAAAUCUUUUUUUUCUUCUCUAGUCAUCAUCAUCAUAUUCCAUGGCCUUAGAACCAGUAAAUCUCAUCCAAGCUUUCACCUUUCCCCUCAUCUCCGAUUUCUCCUUCCAUUUUCGAUUUUUCCUCUCAUCUUCGAUCUUUGAUUCAUGGUCACCGGAGGAGGCCAGAGGAGUAAUGUGGCUAAUAUUGAUGUAACAAUAGCAAACAAUGCUAUUGAGUUGCAGAACAAUGAUGGUGAGGGUGGGAAUCUUGGAAAGAAAAGAAAGGGUAUACAAAAAAGGUCAAAGGUAUGGCUACACUUCACUGCAUUUGAUGAUCCAUUUACUAGUAAGCACAAAGCAAGAUGUAAUUAUUGUGGAAAGGUGUUGCGUGCUGAAUCUAGGAGAAAUGGUACUUCUACCAUGAAUGGUCAUAUUGAAUGUUGCUUGAAAAAUCCUAGUAAUUUGAAAAACAAUACACUAUUGAAGUAUGUUAGUAAAGUAGAUGGAAGUAAGACAGUGAUGGAUUUAGGAACUUGGAAGUUUGAUGAAGGUGCAGUGAAGAGAGCAUUGGCUGAAAUGUUAAUCAUUGAUGAAGACUCCUUUAGCUUAGUUGAAAAAUUAGGCUUUAGGAGGUUUUGUGAAGUAGCAUUGCCACCAACUUUUAAAAUUCCAUCUAGGAGAACCAUUACUAGACAAUGCUAUAAGAUCUAUGCAGAACAUAGAACUGCCUUGAAAAUUUUUUUCAAAGAAUCAAAUUUAAGAGUUUCAUUAACCACCGACACUUGGACCAGCUUACAAAGAAUCACUUAUAUGAGCUUGACUGCUCAUUUCAUUGAUGCUAAGUGGAAGUUACAUAAGAAAAUACUAUGUUUCUAUCCUGUUGAUAGCCAUAAAGGAGAUGAGUUAAGAGAUCUUCUUGUUAGAUGUUUGAAGGAUUGGGGAUUAGAGAAAAUUUAUGCAUUAACUGCUGAUAAUGCAUCAACAAAUGAUGGACUUGUGAGGGUUUUAAAAGAUGCAGUGAACAAAUGGGGAACUGCUAUUCUUGGUGGGAAAGACAUUCACAUGAGAUGUGCAGCCCACAUCAUAAACUUGGUUGUUGGUGAGGGUACCAAAAAGAAAGAGAUGAAUAUAUCUGUGACUGCAAUUAGGGCUACAGUUAAGUAUAUUAGGCAAAGUCCUAUGAGGUUAAAGAGAUUUAAGGAGGCUUGUGAGUGGGUAGAAAUUGAAUCCAAAAAGCUAUUAUGUUUGGAUGUCCCAACAAGGUGCAAUUCACUUUAUUUAAUGUUGGACACUACUGAGAGGUUUGAGGAAGCUUUUGAGAGAUAUGCAAGACAAGACCCACACAUGAAGAAUGAGUUAAAUGAUGGUCCCAAUGCUCCUAGAUUCCCUUCUUGCAUAGAUUGGGAAAAUGAUGUGGAUCUUCAUGAUCUUGCUGGUAAAAUGAGGAAAAAGUAUAAAAAAUAUGGGGGGGAUCCAGGGGAGAUGAACAAAAACAUCUUCUUUGCAGUGGUGUUGGAUCCAAGGUAUAAGAUGGAUUAUUUGGAGUAUUUAAUAUUAAAGAUGUAUGGCCGUAAACCUAAUGGUGAACUUGAUGAUAAUGGGCCUCUUUAUGUUGCCUUGGUCAAACGUGAGAUGGGAAUAUUGUUUGAAGAAAACAAGAGGUUGAAUUCCUCUACUACGAAAUCAAGUGACCCUCAAUCAUUUGAUGAACAAGGAAGCAGCUCUACCUCUACAACUAAUAUCCAAAGUGGCAGAAAAGCAGAGUUGGAGAAGUACUUGGCAGAAGAUCCCGAUCCCAAGGAUGAGAACGAAGAUAUUGAUGUUCUUCAGUGGUGGAAGAUGAAUGAGCAUAGAUUUCCAAUGGUAGCAACCAUGGCAAGAGAUGUCUUGGUAGUUCCAAUAUCUACUGUUGCUUCUGAAUCAGCAUUCAAUACUAGAGAUUGGUUGAGAGAUAAGGCUGUUUUUGAUAUGGAGGAGGAGGAUUUGGAUACACUAGACAGUUUAGAGAAAGAGUUUGAUAAGAUUCAUUUGGAUUCCACCAUUCUUGAAUGAACGAUGGAUUUACAAAUGGUAAGGUAUAAGGUUUCUUUUGGACAAAGACUUUCUUUUGGACGUCUUUUAGACAGCUUUGAAGUAUUGAGAGAUGGCAAUUAGACAGAACAUGCAACUUGUGUUAAGGAAGAAUGGCUCUCAACUUUGCAUUUAAAGGUUACUUCAAAAGCUAUUUUGGACGCUCAAAAGAGAGAGAUGGUUAUGCGAAGUGGUUUGCUAGAAAUGUGGCUUCAGGGAGUGCUGCUAGGGCAACUACAUCGUUGUUGCUAUAUCAUUUGGAUUAUGCAUGUACCAGGCUUGGCACUGAUGCAAUACAAUGCUCAGUUAAUGGCCAAUGACAGUUCAAAGGGCUUUUGGAUGUCUACCAGAAAACAUUGUCAAGUGAUGGCAUUGUAGGUUUAUAUUGUGGAUUUGGGGUUCAAUCAUGGGAAUCACUCUAUACCAAGGCAUGUACUUUGGGAUCUAUGACACAAUGAAGCCUAUUGUUUUGGUUGGACCUCUUGAGGGGAAUUUCUUUGCUAGUUUCUUUCUGGGUUGGAGUAUCACCACUGUUUCUGGGGUGUGUGCCUAUCCUUUUGAGUCUUUGACACAGUUCGAUAGCGAAUGAUGCUGUCUUUUUUAUGAACUUAUGAAAUGUGAUGGUUUAUUAACUUUGUCACUUUGGAUAUUUGGUCCAAAUAUCCAAAUCAUAAAAUUAAAGAAAAUGGAUCACAGCAU